AUAUGGCCCGGACAAACAACAGAGAAACCUCGUGGAUGGGUUUUUCCAAACAAUGGGAGACAACUGAAAAUUGCAGUCCCUAACCGAGCUAGCUUUCGUGAAUUUGUUGGCAAGGUACCAGGCACUACUGACUCAUUCAGAGGAUACUGUAUUGAAGUCUUCACUACAGCCAUAAACUUAUUGCCUUAUGCUGUCCCUUACAAGCUUCUUGCCUUUGGGGAUGGCCAUAACAAUCCAGAAGAUACAGAGCUAGUGCGCUUAAUCACAGCAGGAGUUUAUGACGCUGCCAUAGGCGACAUAGCAAUUACAACUAAUCGGACAAAAAUGGUUGAUUUCACUCAACCAUACAUUGAAUCUGGGUUAGUUGUAGUGGCACCAGUUAAGCAGCAGAAUUCUAAUGCUUGGGCUUUUCUCAGGCCAUUUACUCCUAGGAUGUGGUGUAUCACUGGUGUUUUUUUCUUAGUCGUGGGCACUGUAAUUUGGAUUUUGGAACACAGAUUGAAUGAUGAUUUUCGUGGACCUCCGAGUAAGCAGGUUGUCACUGUUCUCUGGUUCAGCUUUUUAACUCUCUUUAAUGCCCACAGAGAAAACACUGUUAGCACCCGUGGCCGCAUUGUCCUCCUUAUAUGGCUAUUUGUGAUUUUGAUAAUUAACUCGAGCUACACUGCUAGCCUCACCUCAAUUCUUACAGUGCAGAAGCUUUCUUCACCAAUUACAGGAAUUGAAAGUUUAGUAAAUACAAAGGACCCCAUUGGUUAUCAAUUAGGUUCAUUUGCCCGUAACUAUCUGAUUGAAGAACUUGGCAUUCAUGAAUCUAGACUUGUUCCUCUUAACCUGCCCGAAGAUUAUGCUAAAGCUUUAAAAGAUGGUCCUAGUCAUGGUGGAGUUGCAGCUAUAGUAGAUGAGCGCGCCUAUAUGGAGCUUUUCCUCUCAACGCGUUGCCAAUUCAGUAUUCUAGGCCAAGAGUUCACAAAAAAUGGAUGGGGGUUUGCUUUCCCUAGGGACUCUCCUCUAGCGAUUGACAUGUCCACUGCAAUUUUGAAACUAUCAGAAAAUGGGGAACUUCAAAGGAUCCAUGAUAAAUGGCUUUCUGGAAUUGCUUGUACUUCACAGAAUACAAAGCUUGAAGUGGACAGGCUUCAACUGAAAAGCUUCUCAGGUUUAUUCUUCCUAUGUGGAUUAGCAUGUUUUCUGGCACUGCUCAUAUAUUUUGUGAUGAUAGCAUGCCAAUAUUGCCACUAUUAUCCCGAGUCUGAGUCCUCUGGGGGAAGCUCGCGAUCAGGACGACUCCAGACAUUCCUUUCUUUUGCUGACGAAAAGGAAGAGUCAGUGAGGUCUAGGUCCAAACGAAGGCAACUGGACGCGACUUCAGUUAGAAGUGUUGAUCAAGAUGCAUCAGUAAAUGGUUCAAGGAUUGACCGUUCUGAGAUAUACUCAAACAGGGUUGUAAGUUUUGGAGAAUCUGCGUAGUUCCUAACAAUGAGUACUGGUCUUCCCAAAAUGUAAUUAUAUAGGUGGAAUCACGAAUGAAUCUUUAUUUGCAAGGCGCUGCUAUCAUAUUUUACAAAGUGUCAGUUGUCAUUGGAAAAAUAGCCAUGCAACCUCAGAAUCCUGCUGAUCCUUGUGUGUAUACAUCUGUCCUUUCCUAAAAAGGCUUUUAGCUCAAUAUUGAUUAUGACAAGUGCAAUGUUAAGCUCAUAUGAUUUGGCCACC